GCUUAGGCGCCGGCGGGAAGAUGGCGGCAGCAGCUUCUUUUGCAUUGCUGUAUGAACGUCUGCAGGAACUGGGCUGCCCUGCCCUUGAGGGUGUCUUCUUAUCAGAGGCUGAAGACAUACAGAAGUUGCUGUGCACCCCUUCAUCCCACCGCCUGGAUAUAUUGGAAUGGAUUUGCACCAGUGUGUAUCCACCCCUCAAAGAACAAUUUUCAUCUCUCAAAGAAUCGGAGUCAGAUUUAAAAAUAAAAGGGAUGGCCAAGCUGGGGUAUGAUCUGACACUUUGCCCCGCGAAUGACCUGGACCUCAUCAAGGGAAAGGCCUCUGCCCAGAAGCAGCUCCACUUCCUGGAACAACUAGUAGCUGUAAUUCCGGCUCAGGCUGACUUGGCUGUAUCUGACUCAGUAUCUGACUCUAGCAUUUGUUCCAGCACUGAAGAAUCUUUACUGGAAAUGGUUUGGAGGAAUGGAGAGUUCAUCAAACAGGUUUUCUGCAGCCCUGACCUGCAGACUGUGUUGAAUCCACAGUGUCAUCCCUGGAGCUCGGACAUCAAGCAUUUCCUGGCAGAUGAAGAAGCAUUGCAUAAAAGGUCCCUUCUAUCAGAGACUUCUCAAGAAAAAACACUUAUAGAUGAGUUGAAGAAGCUGGAGGACACCGUGGCAGCUCUAAAAGAUCUGAAAGCUCAGUGUCCUUUCCUGCAGGAGGACCUGGGUGUGGCAGAUGCAUCCCCCGACAGUGCCACAACUCUGCAGACCCUCAAAUUGAUUGCAUCUGACUUCAGCCACCUGCUCCUUGCCUUUGAGCAGGUGUAUGAGAGUGACCUACAGAAGCACAGUGAGCGACGAGCUCUUAAGCUGAGCCCCUGCGGUCCCCUCUUCCAAGAUGUGCACGAGAGCUUGACACUUUGUGUGCAGGAAUUGCAAGGUCUGGCUCAGGUUACAGAAACCUCUGCUUAUGUUAUGGAAACAGAGAAGCAGAGACAUGAAGAGAAGGUGUUUUGGAGCGGCAGUGUCAAAUCCUCAUUAUCUUCAAAACUUGAAGAACUGAAACAGAAGUACAAGACUAUCCAUGGCAUACUGAAGGACUGUUCAUGAUCCUGAAUGUGAAUGAAGCAUAGAUGGUUGGGAAACACAGAAAAAAAGAAGUGUCAUCAUGGUUGUAGUCCCAAAUGUAAAUAUAUAAUUUGUUAAUUUUUUGUAGAGCAUUAAAAUAUAUUUUUCAUUCUCUA